UACAUGACCUCGCACUUCUCUUUCAUUUACGAUUAAUUAAUUUUUGGCUUUCUACAAUUUCCACCACUCUCACACUCUAUCAAACACGGUGAAGUAGAGCAGAGAAGCCAAUAAAAAAACCCAAAGAAAGAAAAGAAAAUUGAUCAAUGGAAGAGAUACUGUCCCCUUCUUCCUCCUCUUCACUCAUCUCACUUGCUCAAGAAACCACUUCAACGCUUCAACAACGCCUCCAAUUCUUCCUUCAUAGCCGGCCAGAAUGGUGGGUUUACUCAAUCUUCUGGCAGGCAUCAAAGGAUGCUAGUGGCCGCCCUGUUUUGUCAUGGGGCGAUGGUCAUUUCCGCGGCAAUAAAAAGUAUUCAAGCAAGGAUAGCAACAAGCAAAACCAUCCCAAAUUCGGGUUCAAUAUCGAAAGAAAGUCUCUUUUCAAUGAGGAUAUGGACCUGGAGAGAUUGGUUGAUGGUGAUGUUGUUGAAUGGUACUACACAGUAUCGGUAACACGAGUAUUUGCCGUUGGAGAUGGAAUUCUCGGCAGAGCAUUUACCUCUGGUUCUUCUAUUUGGUUGACAGGUGAUCGUGAACUGCAAAUUUACGAAUGCGAAAGAGUUACAGAAGCUCGGAUGCAUGGAAUUCAGACUUUCGUCUGUGUUUCAACUCCAUCUGGGGUUCUUGAAUUGGGUUCCCCAGUUUUUAUCAGCGAAGAUUGGAGCCUAGUGCAACUAGCCAAAUCAAUUUUCGGUGCAGAAAUUAAUGCAAAUCCGGUUCCACAGCAGUCCAACCAUGAAUCUCAACCUCAAAUUUCAAACUGUAAUGUUUCUAAUCUCCUUGAUAUUGGGUUGUUUUCAAGUCCUCAAACGGAGAGAACUUCUUCUCUAGAGAAUAAAAAAGAGGUCUUCGGCCAAGGCCUAUCAUCUUCCGACUCGGGGCGUUCUGAUUCAGAUGCUGGAUUCAGAGAGAAUCAUAUCGGGUUCAAGAAGAGAGGAAGAAAGCCAGGUGGAAAGGAAUCACCUCUAAACCAUGUGGAAGCAGAAAGGCAGCGAAGAGAGAGGCUUAAUCAUCGAUUCUACGCACUUCGAUCUGUGGUUCCAAAUGUGUCAAAAAUGGACAGAGCUUCUUUGCUUGCAGAUGCAGUCACUUAUAUCAAAGAGCUCAAGAGAAAAGUUAAUGAAUUGGAAGCAAAUCUACAAGUAGUAUCCAAGAAAUCAACAAUCUCAAGCUGUGCAAACAUUUAUGACAAUCAAAGCACCAGCACCAGCACCAUGGUGAAUCACAUAAGGCCUCCUCCAAAUUAUAUGUCCAAUAAUGCAGUGGAAGUGGAUGUGAAGAUUUUGGGAUCGGAAGGUCUGAUCCGAGUUCAGUCCCCAGAUAUUAAUUAUCCUGCUGCAAGAUUGAUGGAUGCACUUAGAGAGCUAGAAUUUCCAGUUCAUCAUUUGAGCGUGACUAGGGUCAAGGAGCUGGUGCUGCAAGAUGUUGUAAUCAGGAUUGAUGAUGGAUUGGUAACUGAAGAGGCGAUGAGGGCUGCUAUUUUUCAAAGAAUGCAGAACUAGGCCAACUAAUUAACAAUGAUGAUUUGGUGCACUCAGAUGUAAGAGAAACGGUUCAAUUUCGUCGUAGAAAUCACGCAAGCUCCAAAGGUGAAGUUCCUAUCGCAAGGAACAUAAAAUGAUAUUACCAUAUGUACUUGAAUUAAGUUGCUAGUUCCUUUGCUUUAUCCCACUCGAUCGUGUGAUAAGUUAGAUUAUGUUGUCAGUUUAAUUUAUUGAAGAAGCAGGCACGUCAAUUGCUUGCUUGCUCAAUCUUUCUAGUCCUUGUUAGUUUCCUCCCUU